AUGAUCGGCAGCAAUGAAACAUCCAAAAACCAUGAUCACAAUGGUGAAAACUUCAGGAACAGCCUGGACCCCUUGCCAUCGGGUCGCAUGACAGACCCUAGGGAACAGCAAGAGGAGCAGACCCAGGAAGAUGAAUCCCAGAAAAGGAGUGCUGAACAGCUUCAAACUGAGAGCUGGGUUCUGGCCCCGGCCCAGUCUCUUUGGACGACUGAGGCUAGUGGGGCAGUGCAACUGAGGAUAGAAGAAAUGUGCCCAGAGGAGCCCAUCACAGUGCAUCAAAUGUUUAUGACUUCAGUUCACAAGUAUGGUGACUUGCUUGCUCUGGCCAUGAAGAAAAACAAUAAAUGGGAAAAGAUCACUUUUUCUGAGUACUACCAUUGCUGUCGGAUGGCCGCCAAAAGCUUUUUGAAGCUUGGUUUAGAACGUUUCCAUAGUGUGGCUAUUCUGGGUUUCAAUUCAGCAGAGUGGUUCUUUUCUGCUGUUGGAGCGAUCUUUGCAGGAGGGAUAAUGACUGGGAUAUAUGCCACAAACUCUUCUGAAGCCUGCCUGCAUGUGGCCCGAGACUCACGUGCAAACAUCAUUGUUGUGGAAAACCAAAAGCAGCUGGAUAAGAUUUUGCAGAUCAAAGAUAGUCUGCCUCAUCUGAAAGCCAUUGUUCAAUAUUCUGGAUCUCUGGAGAUCAAACUCCCUAACCUCUAUUCAUGGGAGGAGUUCAUGGAGCUGGGACUAGAAGUUUCUGAAAAAGAACUGGAUGACAUCAUCAGUAGCCAGAGAGCUAAUCAAUGCUGUGUUCUUAUUUACACAUCCGGGACCACGGGCUUGCCAAAGGGAGCCAUGCUUAGCCAUGACAAUAUUACAUGGACAGCUCACCAUGCCAGUAGAGCUGGGGACAUGCAGCCAGCUGACACAAAGCAGGAAUCUCUGGUCAGCUACCUCCCACUCAGCCACAUUGCUGCUCAGAUCUAUGACCUGUGGACUGGAAUCCAGUGGGGCGAGCUGGUUUAUUUUGCUCAGCCAGAUGCAUUAAAGGGGACUCUGAUUGGCACGCUGAGGGAGGUUCAGCCUUCCUCUCACAUGGGCGUCCCUCGUGUGUGGGAAAAAAUGAUGGAGAAGAUUAAAGAGGGAAUCUCUCAGUGUGGCUACCUGAAGAAGAAGCUUGUGACAUGGGCUAUGUCUGUUAGUCUAGAGGCCAAUCAAAAGUGUACCAAGGAUGAGGAGAAAUCGUUUCUCUUUGCCCUUGCAGACAGUCUAGUCUUGGAGAAGCUCCGUGCUGAACUGGGCUUCUGCAACUGUCAGAAGUUCUUCUCUGGUGCAGCACCCAUCGGCAAUGAAACCAUUCAGUUCUUCCUGGGCUUAAACAUCUGCUUGUAUGAAGCUUAUGGGAUGAGUGAGAGUACUGGGCCGCAUUUUAUGUCUGGGCCUAAAGCCUACAAACUGCCAAGUUGUGGCAAAGUGGUGCCUGGCUGCAGAUUCAAACUGGCAGACGUUGAUGCUGACGGAAUUGGGGAGGUUUGUUUCUGGGGCCGAAACGUGUUCAUGGGAUACCUCAAUAUGGUAGAUAUGACCAUGGAGACUUUGGAUGAGGAAGGCUGGCUACACUCAGGAGACUUGGGAAAGACGGAUGAUGAGGGUUAUCUCUAUAUCACUGGAAGGAUAAAAGAGUUAAUUAUCACUGCUGGAGGAGAGAAUGUGCCCCCUGUGCCCAUAGAGAAUGAAGUGAAGAAGGAGAUCCCAAUCAUAAGCAAUGCCAUGCUGAUUGGAGAUAAAAAGAAGUUUUUAUCAAUGCUGCUCACCCUCAAGUGCACUACCAAUGCAGAGACCAUGGAGCCUACAGAUGAUCUUAGCUUGGAGGCAGUGCAAUACUGUAGGCAGCUUGGCAGUCAGGCAACAAAAGUGUCUGACAUCAUUGGAGGAAGAGACAAGAUUAUUUACCAGUCUAUUCACCAGGGUAUCGUGCAGGUCAACUCCAAAGCCACCUCCAAUGCUCAGUGCAUUCAGAAAUGGACCAUACUGCCAAGAGACUUCUCCAUCGCUGGAGGAGAGCUUGGUCCCACGAUGAAGUUACGGCGAGCGAUCGUCAUGAAGAUGUACCACAACGAAAUAGAGAGUUUCUACAAAGAAUAA